AUGGAAGAAGUAGAAGCUGUGAAAUCAAUCCUUCGAGUAUUACCCAUCUGGUCAACUGGGAUCCUGUUCAAUGUCAGCGUAACUCAGUACUCUCUCAUCACGCUCCAAGCAGAAACCAUGAACCGACGCAUCUUCCCGAACUCGAGCUUUCAAAUCCCAUCUGGCUCCCUCAACAGCUUCAGUCUCGUAAGCUACACCCUCAGCAUCAUGGCAUACUGCAAUUGUACUGCCUUCCAUCGAAAUUUUGUUUUAUAUUCUUAG